UAGAGAGAGACCAGUGGUAACCUCUUUGUUGCCACUCUCUGAAGGAGGUUAUCAAUGAUCUGUAAUUUUAAUUGUAUAUAAUUGUUUUGAUCAUUACAUAAAUAUACAAAUCAGAGUUACAGUUUUCAAAAUGGCAUUUUUUAUUUCGAACAAUGCCAGGGCUUUCGCUCGUCUGCUGUCUGUUCCAACAUCAAAACGUUGUCUAUCAACUUCAGUCAUACGAAGUUCUCAGACGUCAACAAACGAAGAUGAAUCACGAGUAUCCACCGUACGAAGAUCCCUCGCAAAUAAUAUUGAUUCAGUAAAAAAUUUCGGUAAAUAUGUCGCUGAUUGUUUGCCGAAAUAUGUGCAGGCAGUACAAAUGGCAAGCAGAGAUGAACUUGAGAUCCUUGUUGCCCCGCAAGGAAUUCGUCCAAUUUUAUCAUUUUUGAAAGAACAUCACAAUGCUCAGUAUACUACUUUAGCAGACCUUACAGCGCUUGAUGUUCCGAGUAGAGUGUGCAGAUUUGAACUUGUGUACAAUCUCUUGUCUAUUCGAUUCAAUACUCGAAUCAGAGUGAAAUCUUACACUGAUGAGCUGACCCCAGUAGAUUCUGUGGUUUCUCUUUUCAAAGCUGCUAACUGGUACGAGAGAGAAGUGUGGGACAUGUUUGGAAUUUACUUUACUGAUCAUCCGGAUCUUCGAAGAAUCCUCACUGACUAUGGUUUUGAAGGGCACCCAUUGAGAAAAGAUUUUCCCCUCAGUGGAUUCGUUGAGGUCAGAUAUGAUGAUGAAGUUAAACGUGUAGUUGCUGAACCUUUAGAGUUAGCACAAGAAUUCCGCAGAUUUGAAUUAUCAACUCCCUGGGAACAAUUUCCUAAUUUCCGAAAAACUAAACCAUCGGAAAAGCUCGGAGAUGAAAAAAAAGAACCUUCGCCAAAGUAGAAUAAUUUGAACGUAAUGUAUUUAACUUUUAUUAGUCUAAUAAAUUAAAUGUAUAAAAA